GGGUAGGGUCGGGCGUGGAGCUGUCAGCUGAGCUGUGUGCGCCUGCGCGGGGUGCCGAGACAGGGCGUGUUCGCGGUUCAGUGCCGGUGUUUCGCGGGGCGAGGGCAUCUCUCGCAGCCGGAGUGCGUCCUGCUGAAGCCUGUGGUUGCACGCCUACCCUCUUAGGGGCUACCUUCCUAGACCAUGUCCAAGUCUCUGAAGAAGUUGGUGGAGGAGAGCCGGGAGAAGAACCAGCCCGAAGUGGACAUGAGUGACCGGGGCAUCUCCAACAUGCUGGAUGUCAACGGCCUCUUGGUGCCACCCAACAUCGCAGAACUGAAGAAUUUGGAAGUGCUCAACUUUUUUAAUAACCAGAUCGAAGAGCUGCCCACACAGAUCAGCAGCCUUCAGAAACUCAAACACCUGAACCUCGGCAUGAACAGGCUGAACACUUUGCCACGAGGCUUCGGCUCCCUGCCAGCUCUUGAGGUUCUGGACUUGACUUACAACAACUUGAGCGAAAAUUCUCUUCCUGGAAACUUCUUCUACCUGACCACCCUGCGUGCACUCUAUCUAAGUGACAACGAUUUUGAAAUCCUGCCGCCAGAUAUUGGGAAGCUCACAAAGUUGCAGAUACUCAGCCUUAGGGAUAACGACCUGAUCUCGCUGCCUAAGGAAAUCGGGGAGCUUACCCAGCUUAAAGAGCUCCAUAUUCAGGGGAACCGCCUCACCGUUCUGCCCCCAGAACUAGGAAACUUGGAUUUAACUGGUCAGAAGCAGGUAUUCAAAGCAGAGAACAAUCCCUGGGUGACCCCCAUUGCAGACCAGUUCCAGCUUGGUGUGUCCCAUGUGUUUGAGUAUAUCCAUUCUGAGACAUACAAAUACCUCUAUGGCAGACACAUGCAGGCCAACCCAGAACCACCAAAGAAGAAUAAUGACAAAUCGAAGAAGAUCAGCCGGAAACCCCUGGCAGCCAAGAACAGAUAAGGAAGGGGUUGGCAUCGGCUGGCCUUCCAGCACCUUCUCUCUCCAACACUUUGUUCUCUCUUGCUCUGUCUCUCAAAUAAACACAAUGCGUGUGUGGCCUUUUUAAUUUUUCUUUUCACUCUCUAAUGCUUCCCACCUUACCUUUUAGAUUCUUUUGGUAGGUGGGAGAUUGUUGUAAGGUCUUUAAACCAUUUCCAUUUGUUUCUUUAAAAUUACGAAAAGCAGGGAACAAAGCUCUUAUUCAACUGCAAAUUCCAUAGUGGGCUCAGGCUUUUGUUGAAUAGACAUCACAAGGUUGCUUAUUAUCAAAAGAAUAAUUAAAAUCAUGUAACCAUUUAAAUGUCACUGUUAACACUUUUCACUCUUUCUGUUGAUUCACACAACUCAUUAUUUUGCUUUAUUAAAAAUCUUCUUCACCACCGAGAUAUGUUAAUUUAACUUACAAGUGAUUUUAAUAAAAUCUUGAGUUUGUAUCACAUGUUACUUGUUGACCCAGAAUAAAAACAGUCUGAUCUUGGGGUAUAACACAUUUUCAUUUACUUUUCUCCCCCAAAAUCAUCUUGUCCAAUUUUAUUGGUUAUACAUGAUAAACUUUUCAUGAAAGAAAUGCAAAAUUAAAUCACAGUUCGUUUCUUCUCACAUUAAUUUGUCAAGUUUUUUUUCUUUGAAGACUUUCUAAAUUAGGAAGCAGAAAAACAAAUCUCUAGGAGAUUCUGCCAAAGGAUUUUGGAAAGUAGCAUUCCUUCGCCGAAGAAAUGGUGAUUUCUGCCAGGGGCUGGUAGACAAGAACUGUGAAAGGGAGAGAGAAAAAACCUCAACUAUGUUUUUUGUCACGGCAGAAAAUCUGCUCACAUCAAAGCAUUCUUCUAAGCGACUUCGAUGCCAAGGAAGUUGUGUAAAUGUGCACACGCUACACCACACCCAGGGUGGAAACCACAGUUGCAGAGUCAUUGAACAAUCAAUUGUUUAACAUCGGUGAGAGGCAGCUUUCCUUCUUCUCAACAGUGAAACCUGUGACAAUGAAAAUAAAUGCACGCUCAGGUUUUGUGCUCACUAAAAGGGCUGCCAACCCCAGAAGGCCUCCAAAAAAAAGUGUGAAGAUGCACCGUCUUUUCAAAUGGCCUGGGAGAGGGGGCCUACCCGUCUCUGCUGUGUCCUUUCAACUACCCAGUUGAGCUCCCAAGACCAGGACGCACUGGGGCGUAUAAAAAUCCAAAAUCAAAAUCAAGCAACAAGUUCUGAGUUAAUUAGGAAACAGACUUUGCAUUUCAAUCAGAGAGGCCAGAGAGCAAGGUCUAAACUUCUAGCUUCUAGACAACUUUCUGAUAGAACAUUUAACUGUGGGAAGAGGAUUCCCCAGGUCCCAUCUAUCCCUGUUUAGGGAUAGAGUUGAUAACAUUUUUAUAGGUGGCAUGUUUGCCUCUACCUGAAUUUUUUGAAUUGAUUUUUGAGCUUUUGAGAUUCCUGGAGGGAGGACAAGGCCUCUGCUGUUGUGGAUAGGAAAGGCUUAACCUAAAA